AUGUCUGACUCUAGACCUGAGGACCAGUCCCAGUCUGACUCUAGACCUGAGGACCAGUCCCAGUCUGACUCUAGACCUGAGGACCAGUCCCAGUCUGACUCUAGACCUGAGGACCAGUCCCAGUCUGACUCUAGACCUGAGGACCAGCCCCAGUCUGACUCUAGACCUGAGGACCAGUCCCAGUCUGACUCUAGACCUGAGGACCAGCCCCAGUCUGACUCUAGACCUGAGGACCAGUCCCAGUCUGACUCUAGACCUGAGGACCAGUCCCAGUCUGACUCUAGACCUGAGGACCAGUCCCAGUCUGACUCUGACUCAGACCUGAGGACCAGUCCCAGUCUGACUCUAGACCUGAGGACCAGUCCCAGUCUGACUCUAGACCUGAGGACCAGUCCCAGUCUGACUCUAGACCUGAGGACCAGUCCCAGUCUGACUCUAGACCUGAGGACCAGUCCCAGUCUGACUCUAGACCUGAGGACCAGUCCCAGUCUGACUCUAGACCUGAGGACCAGUCCCAGUCUGACUCUAGACCUGAGGACCAGUCCCAACCUGAGGACCAGUCCCAGUCUGACUCUAGACCUGAGGACCAGUCCCAGUCUGACUCUAGACCUGAGGACCAGUCCCAGUCUGACUCUAGACCUGAGGACGUCCCAGUCUGACUCAGACCUGAGGACCUCCCAGUCUGACUCUAGACCUGAGGACCAGCCCCAGUCUGACUCUAGACCUGAGGACCAGUCCCAGUCUGACUCUAGACCUGAGGACCAGUCCCAGUCUGACUCUAGACCUGAGGACCAGCCCAGUCUGACUCUAGACCUGAGGACCAGUCCCAGUCUGACUCUAGACCUGAGGACCAGUCCCAGUCUGACUCUAGACCUGAGGACCAGUCCCAGUCUGACUCUAGACCUGAGGACCAGUCCCAGUCUGACUCUAGACCUGAGGACCAGUCCCAGUCUGACUCUAGACCUGAGGACCAGUCCCAGUCUGACUCUAGACCUGAGGACCAGUCCCAGUCUGACUCUAGACAUGAGGACCAGUCCCAGUCUGACUCUAGACCUGAGGACCAGUCCCAGUCUGACUCUAGACCUGAGGACCAGUCCCAGUCUGACUCUAGACCUGAGGACCAGUCCCAGUCUGACUCUAGACCUGAGGACCAGUCCCAGUCUGACUCUAGACCUGAGGACCAGCCCCAGUCUGACUCUAGACCUGAGGACCAGUCCCAGUCUGACUCUAGACCUGAGGACCAGUCCCAGUCUGACUCUAGACCUGAGGACCAGUCCCAGUCUGACUCUAGACCUGAGGACCAGUCCCAGUCUGACUCUAGACCUGAGGACCAGUCCCAGUCUGACUCUAGACCUGAGGACCAGUCCCAGUCUGACUCUAGACCUGAGGACCAGUCCCAGUCUGACUCUAGACCUGAGGACCAGUCCCAGUCUGACUCUAGACCUGAGGACCAGUCCCAGUCUGACGCUAGACCUGAGGACCAGGACCAGUCCCAGUCUGACUCUAGACCUGAGGACCAGUGCCAGUCUAGACCUGAGGACCAGUCCCAGUCUGACUCUAGACCUGAGGACCAGUCCCAGUCUGACUCUAGACCUGAGGACCAGUCCCAGUCUGACUCUAGACCUGAGGACCAGUCCCAGUCUGACUCUAGACCUGAGGACCAGUCCCAGUCUGACUCUAGACCUGAGGACCAGUCCCAGUCUGACUCUAGACCUGAGGACCAGUCCCAGUCUGACUCUAGACCUGAGGACCAGUCCCAGUCUGACUCUAGACCUGAGGACCAGUCCCAGUCUGACUCUAGACCUGAGGACCAGUCCCAGUCUGACUCUAGACCUGAGGACCAGUCCCAGUCUGACUCUAGACCUGAGGACCAGUCCCAGUCUGACUCUAGACCUGAGGACCAGUCCCAGUCUGACUCUAGACCUGAGGACCAGUCCCAGUCUGACUCUAGACCUGAGGACCAGUCCCAACCUGAGGACCAGUCCCAGUCUGACUCUAGACCUGAGGACCAGUCCCAGUCUGACUCUAGACCUGAGGACCAAGCCCAGUCUGACUCUAGACCUGAGGACCAGUCCCAGUCUGACUCUAGACCUGAGGACCAGUCCCAGUCUGACUCUAGACCUGAGGACCAGUCCCAGUCUGACUCUAGACCUGAGGACCAGUCCCAGUCUGACUCUAGACCUGAGACCAGUCCCAUCCCAGUCUGACUCUAGACCUGAGACCAGUCCGUCUGACUCUAGACCUGAGGACCAGUCCCAGUCUGACUCUAGACCUGAGGACCAGUCCCAGUCUGACUCUAGACCUGAGGACCAGUCCCAGUCUGACUCUAGACCUGAGGACCAGUCCCAGUCUGACUCUAGACCUGAGACCAGUCCAUCUGACUCUAGACCUGAGACCAGUCCCAGUCUGACUCUAGACCUGAGGACCAGUCCCAGUCUGACUCUAGACCUGAGGACCAGUCCCAGUCUGACUCUAGACCUGAGGACCACCAGUCCCAGUCUGACUCUAGACCUGAGGACCAGUCCCAGUCUGACUCUAGACCUGAGGACCAGUCCCAGUCUGACUCUAGACCUGAGGACCAGUCCCAGUCUGACUCUAGACCUGAGGACCAGUCCCAGUCUGACUCUAGACCUGAGGACCAGUCCCAGUCUGACUCUAGACCUGAGGACCAGUCCCAGUCUGACUCUAGACCUGAGGACCAGUCCCAGUCUGACUCUAGACCUGAGGACCAGUCCCAGUCUGACUCUAGACCUGAGGACCAGUCCCAGUCUGACUCUAGACCUGAGGACCAGCCCCAGUCUGACUCUAGACCUGAGGACCAGUCCCAGUCUGACUCUAGACCUGAGGACCAGUCCCAGUCUGACUCUAGACCUGAGGACCAGUCCCAGUCUGACUCUAGACCUGAGGACCAGCCCCAGUCUGACUCUAGACCUGAGGACCAGUCCCAGUCUGACUCUAGACCUGAGGACCAGUCCCAGUCUGACUCUAGACCUGAGGACCAGUCCCAGUCUGACUCUAGACCUGAGGACCAGCCCCAGUCUGACUCUAGACCUGAGGACCAGCCCCAGUCUGACUCUAGACCUGAGGACCAGUCCCAGUCUGACUCUAGACCUGAGGACCAGUCCCAGUCUGACUCUAGACCUGAGGACCAGUCCCAGUCUGACUCUAGACCUGAGGACCAGUCCCAGUCUGACUCUAGACCUGAGGACCAGUCCCAGUCUGACUCUAGACCUGAGGACCAGUCCCAGUCUGACUCUAGACCUGAGGACCAGUCCCAGUCUGACUCUAGACCUGAGGACCAGUCCCAGUCUGACUCUAGACCUGAGGACCAGUCCCAGUCUGACUCUAGACCUGAGGACCAGUCCCAGUCUGACUCUAGACCUGAGGACCAGUCCCAGUCUGACUCUAGACCUGAGGACCAGUCCCAGUCUGACUCUAGACCUGAGGACCAGUCCCAGUCUGACUCUAGACCUGAGGACCAGUCCCAGUCUGACUCUAGACCUGAGGACCAGUCCCAGUCUGACUCUAGACCUGAGGACCAGUCCCAGUCUGACUCUAGACCUGAGGACCAGUCCCAGUCUGACUCUAGACCUGAGGACCAGUCCCAGUCUGACUCUAGACCUGAGGACCAGUCCCAGUCUGACUCUAGACCUGAGGACCAGUCCCAGUCUGACUCUAGACCUGAGGACCAGUCCCAGUCUGACUCUAGACCUGAGGACCAGUCCCAGUCUGACUCUAGACCUGAGGACCAGUCCCAGUCUGACUCUAGACCUGAGGACCAGUCCCAGUCUGACUCUAGACCUGAGGACCAGUCCCAGUCUGUCUCUAGACCUGAGGACCAGCCCCAGUCUGACUCUAGACCUGAGGACCAGUCCCAGUCUGACUCUAGACCUGAGGACCAGUCCCAGUCUGACUCUAGACCUGAGGACCAGUCCCAGUCUGACUCUAGACCUGAGGACCAGUCCCAGUCUGACUCUAGACCUGAGGACCAGUCCCAGUCUGACUCUAGACCUGAGGACCAGUCCCAGUCUGACUCUAGACCUGAGGACCAGUCCCAGUCUGUCUCUAGACCUGAGGACCAGUCCCAGUCUGACUCUCCCUCAGUGUGAAGACCCGCUCCUGGUGUCUUCAGUAGAUUCUACAUUCAUGCUGUUUAUUUACAAAGUGCCACAGAACCACAGUCUUUGA